AUGACACAUCCAAACUUCACACAACUCUGUUGGCGAGCGUUUGCGGCAAUGAUCGCAACCCUGCUCAAUGACUUUAUCCCCUUGAUCCUAGAAAGAUUGCAUGACAACUAUGCCUGCUUAUACAACUGCCUAUUUGUCAGUAAAUCUUGGUGUAAUGUUGCAGUCGGCAUACUCUGGCAAAGUCCAUUCACUCGCAACAUACAAGCGGCCAACCCAUCCCUGCUCGUUAGCUAUCUCAAAUGUCUGUCAGACGAGAACAAACUCGAACUCCACAAAAUGGGAUUAGAGACUUUGUGGAUGCAUUCAUCGACCAUGUUCGAUUAUCCGCUAUAUCUAGAGCACCUAACCGACUUUGAUCUGCGUGCUUUGCUUCUAGCGUUGUAUCCGGAUAUCGAUCCCAGGACAGAACUGGUGGUAUUUACGCUACUUGUACGGAUGUUUAUGGAUAGGAGCAGGAGGUUGAGGAAAUUAGAAUUGCAUUACGGAAACGAUUAUUUUGCAACCGACAUAUAUCGGCUGUGUGCGCAAAGACACUCUCAAUUAGAAUACAUGUCGAUAUCAAUGCAUCAUAGCAAUCCCUAUACUCUCGGCCAUCUAGAUGAUGAAAUAUCGACUUUGCUAACCAAUCAGAAGGGUCAGUUGAAGUACUUUGGAAUGUGGCAUGCUAACGAACAUAUGAGAGCGAUUAUGAAUGCUUUGCUGAAACAGAAAAGCAGCAUAGAGACUGUUGAAUUCUGUUUCUGUGCGUUUGAUGUUAAUUCAUUGAUAAUAUGGGUGAAGCAGUUUCCCCAUCUGUUGAAACUGAUAUUUGAUAAUUGUAGAGGAGUUCCACCAAAUAUAGACGAGUCUUUGGACGGAAUGAUGAUGAUAAAUGGGUAUGCAACUUCAAAUUCAACAAGAAUAGUCCUCACAAGGGUAAUGCAGAUUUGA